AGCAGAACCAGAAUUAUAAUCAAAUGGCUUGCAACUAUUGCAAGGAAGUUGGCCAUUUCAAGAAUCAAUGUCCUAAGCUGCGAAGAUUUAAUUACAACAACUCUGGUUGGAGAGGAGGCAAUAAUAUUGGAGGACGUGGAGGACGUGGUGGUGGUCAAAGAGGCAAAGCGGCAGUCCAAUUGGUGCCAGAACCUGACUUCUACGGCAUUGCAGGGCAAGAUCCCUCACAGGGUAAUGUUUCCUUGACUAAGGGAACUCGAGAAUCUGUGCACCAGGGUGAUCAUGGGCAAGGGAGACCUGAGGGGGAGACUGUUUCACUUGGAUUGCAUGUACGCAGAGCCAACACAAGCACCGGAACAGCCUUUAGCCCUGACAUUGAAUUCUGACAGAUUAAGUGAGCUUUGGUUGUGGCA